AACUAGCAAAAGUGAAUCAAUCUACCUCUGCUAUACGGAUAGUCGGCUAUAUUAUAACACACCCCCUUAGCUUUCUAGACUAGGUGCAGGAAGGUAUUAUGAUGACCCCCUAUAGCUAUUGUUAUGCAACGUGUUCGAGAGUCUGAUCUCGAGUGCUAAUGCUACUUUGGGGGUUUAUAUGGUGGUUUUUUGUCGUGGCCGACCGACCUAUUGGUCUAGCAAAAGCAGCAUAUCAUUAUAUUAUAACAGAUACCAGUGCGAUUCGUCCUAAGAUUGACGAAUCGCACUGUCUCUAGGCCUUGCCCUUCCUGCCCCGCCAGAGGCAAACCCUACACACUAAGCACCGCAUAGCCUUUGCUGACAGGAUGAUGUGGUGAGCCAGUCAUCUUGGCGUGGCGGCGGCGACUUUCGACACCAGCCGUCGUGAAUUGCUGCACCUGUGGCCGAGUCGUCUUGUCUAUACGAGUGACCUCUCCACUCAUACGAGCCAUAGCCUGCCCGUCGUCGGCGUGUUCUGAAGUUCUCAAGGCACAACAGAUUGACGUCUGCUUCUUUUGCUCCUUACUUCGUCAUCUCUAUGUAACUCGGUGAUAUAUUACGAUAUCAUGAACCUGCGCCUCCUUUCCCUUCGGUCCUAAUCAGACAGUCAGACAUCAUUCACAGUACAUAUUUGCUGGACAGAUACCCAGACGACUGUCGAGUCUCGACUAGGCAACAGGCGCACCUAUUCAACGGUGGUAUUCAGCAGGCGAAGAAUACAGAAGAGAAAGAUUGAAAUUCACUUGACAAUGGCUGUUUAUUGUUAGCGAGGUGCAGAAGGACUUAUUGUUCCAUUGUGAAUAUUGUUUCGCCUACCUCUUUGUUGAACAUAAACUUCGAUCUCGGCCCACACAACUGCCUCUUUUGCGUUUCACAACCUACUUUCACCAUAAUUGAUCUCGCAGAACUUGCGACAAAUACGGCACGCCCGAAUAGCAGCAAUGGCGGCCGAGUCGUCGACCGAGUUAUCCUCACUCGGAUUACUAUCAAGUACAGCUACGACUGGAAUUUCAGGACCAAAUCCAACGAUCGAGCCAUACACCACAGAUUUAAAUGGCGUUGAUCAACUGGGCAACAGACGGUGCCAAGAUGCCCUGUUCUGGUUCCUAGGAAUCCUCGGACUUUGUGUCCUGCUGGUGAGGAUGUUGGAAAUCUCCAGGGCAUGGAUACGACACAAGGUCGCAAUGGGCAAGCCAAAGGCCCGUCAGGUAUUCUGGAGAGAUAACCAGUCCGCGUGGUGGCCAUGGAUCAAGAGGAAUGUAACAUACGCCCCACUGGGUAAUAAGAGGCACAACAGAGAGAUGCGUCUUUCCUCUGCUGUCAGCGUCGGCACCUUGCCCUCUCGUUUCCACAUGGUUCUCCUAACCGUCUACUUCAUUUCCAACUUCGCAUACUGCGCCGCACUCGACUACAGCGUUGGGAACCGAUGGUCUGUCGCUGCUCAGCUACGAGGAAGAAGUGGCGUGCUUGCUCUAUCGAACAUGGUUCCGCUCGUUAUCUUCGCUGGGCGCAACAAUGUUCUCAUCCCGAUGCUAAAGAUCAGCUUCGACACCUACAACUUGCUCCACCGCUGGAUUGGAAGGAUGGUCGUCUUUGAAUCCCUCAUCCACACACUCGCUUGGCUAAUCACCCAAAUUGCCAGCGAUGGCUGGUCGAGCGCCGGCAGAAAAAUAUCCACAGAUCCUUUCAUCUUGUGGGGAAGUAUCGGGACUGGGACUAUGUUCAUAAUUCUGAUCUCCUCUCCCUCCCCUCUCCGCCACGCCUUCUACGAGACCUUCCUCAACGUCCACAUCAUCCUCGCCUUCGCCGCUAUCAUCGCCGUCUGCGUACACUGCAAGCUCGGCCACCUCUACGAACUCCUCCCCUACGCAAUCGGCGUCUUAGUAAUCUGGUUCUUCGACCGCCUCUUCCGCUUCGCCCGCAUGCUCUACUACAACUACUCCUCCCGCAGCAGCACCUACGCCACCGUCGAAGCCCUCCCUGGCGACGCCUGCCGCGUCACCCUCCACCUCCCCACCUUCCUCCACGUCGCCCCCGGCUCACACGCCUACCUCCGCUUCCUAGCCAUCAAGCCCUGGGAAUCCCACCCUUUCUCCAUCGCCUGGACAUCACACACCUGCAUCGACACCAUCGACGUCCUCCCCAGCACCGAAAAGGCGCCCGAGUCCCCAAUCCCCAAAUCCGCGCGCACCUCAGUCUCCUUCCUCAUCUCCGCACACACAGGCAUGACGCGCUCCCUGUACACCCGCGCCCUCGCCGCGCCAUCUCGGCGCCUCCGCACACGCGCCGCCUUCGAGGGGCCGUACGCUGGACACCACUCCCUCGCCUCGUACGGGCACUGCGUCCUCGUCGCCGGGUCCUCGGGGAUCACUCACCAGAUCUCCCACGUUCACCAGCUCCUGACGGAGUUCCCGCACGGCACAAUCGCGACCCGCAAAAUCACACUCAUCUGGAUCGUCCGCGACCUCGAGCACCUGGAGUGGGUGCGCCCCUGGGUGGACGAGCUGCUGCGCAUGCCGAUGCGUCGGGAGCUGCUUGUUAUCAAGUUAUUUGUCACGAGGCCAAGGUCUGCGGCUGAGGUGACGAGUCCAAGCCAGACGGUGCAGAUGUUCCCUGGGCGGCCGAAUAUUCGCGUGCUUCUCCUGAAUGAGGUCGUUGAUCAGGUGGGGGCUAUGUGCGUUACGGUUUGUGGACCGGGGGGGUUGGCGGAUAAUGUCCGGGAGGUUGUGAGAGAGGUGCAGGGGUGCGGGGUUAUUGAUUUUGUGGAGGAGGCGUUUACGUGGUGA